CCCUUGCAUUCUAGUUCGGCACCACAUAAUACAAACCGGCACAUCUACCGUGGAAAGGCGCAAUUAUUUUAUUCGAUAACGCCGCAGUACAUUAUCUAAACCGUUCAUCAAUACUACAUCUCGUCCGAUUUCCAGCUCCAAAUCCAAGAUAUAAAAGCCAUGAACGAACGCACCCGCAGCGCCGCCUCCAACGGAUCCUCGCGCACGACUAGAAGCUCCGGCCUGGCCGCCGCGAGCAGCAGCAGCGCCAACGGUAGCAAGACGAGCCUCUUCCGAAGCCACUUCAUCAGGCGGCCCAACGCAGCGUCGUCCGAUCCCGAGGGCGUGCGCGCAGACGUCGAGAUGCAGCAGUCCGAGACGGCGGACCUGGUGGUGCGGGAUCAGCACGGCGAGGUUGAGAUUGGGAACCCCCCGACGCCGGUGGUGGAUGACGAGGAGGAGUUGCAGGCGUUGGAGUAUCAGCAGGAGAACGAGAGGGAGAAGCAGCGCUUAGCAGAGGCUAUUCGCCAUUACCAAAUCAGCCACAGCUCCAUGGCAGAUCAACCGGACGCCCUGUUCGAGGCGGUCCGCGAGAGCAACAGGAGCAAGGUCAGCGCAUUGGCCGAAGACAACUGGAUGUUCGAGCCGGAAGAACAGCCGCGCAUAUCAUGAACG